AUUAAUUAUAUAUUAAUUAUUCUUACAUUUAAUUUACUAAAUGAAACUAAUUUCUCAGGAGAAUCACUCACUAAGCGUUGUACAUGUGGCCACACUCGUGCUACACUUGCGUACAACAACUCAGAUCGACGAGCUUAUUCGGCACUCCAGCAUACUGAUACAACAGCGAUGGGAUUUUCUUGGACCCAGUGGCGGCACAUUCAACAACAGCGAGGCAUCUACUUUUUCUUUAUUUUCCCAAAUUGACAAUGCGUUGCAAUGGCAGCCGGACGACAUUGGCGAGUAUAUUCGACAUGCACAUUUUUCAUUGGAAUUGACUGAGGACCAGGCGGAGAUUCUUUGCGCGCGCAAUAUCAUGUAUGAGUUUACUGACAGCCACACAGUUCAUGCGUACGCACCCUUUGGCAGCAUUGAUGGACAGAUAUUGGUCGUUGAUUUGGUGUGGGACUCGGAUAGUAGCAGAUGGGUGUACUUCAACACCAAGGCGCUCGAAGUGGUGAGCUUGGACGAUUUGCAUAGUCGUGUGUUGAAAACCACGCGGAUCACAUUUGCAAUUGCGACUGCAGAGGAGGCGUUGGCAGAUGAGUUUGAUGGCAUUGAUGAUAUUGGGCAGGACGGCUCAGACGAUGAUGGCGAUGGUGACUACUGGAGUCGCUUUCCGCAACCUGAUAAACCCGCGACAAAGGCUGUAAAAGGUGACUGCAAUGGCGAAGACGGAGGCAAAGGUGGCAGCGAUGAUGAUUACUGGGGCCAGUACGACCAAGAGAACCAGCCUGACGACAAUAUAGACAACUCGGAUGUUCAGGACAUGGACAUUGAGACUAAAACGAUGGAUAUUCUACCAGUUCUCCCUGAUCAGCCUGCUGUGCCGCUGGCCGUGCAGAACGUGGCUGGGCAGCAGGCGCAGAUGAUGGUCGCCGAAUCUGUGCGCCUUUCGCUGGCUGCAGCAGCAUCGGCGGCCAGGGCGGUGGGGAUGUCAGAAGCGGAGUUUUUAAAAAUGUCUCUUGCUGCGUUCUCUUCCUCUGGUAACAACACGGAACCUUAAAAAAAUAUGCUGAGGAUAACUUGUAACGCCCAUAGUGGUAAGCACCAGUAGGUCGGUAACCAGUCGCUAUUUUUUUUUCGUGUUUUGAAUGGAAAAGUUA